AUGCGCCUGCCACCCCGCACCCCAGGGGCAGAGGGCCUGCGCAGCCAGGAGGUGCUCCUGGAGGAAGUCACAGAAAUCGAGGGAGUCGAGGACAAGGCUGGCUCGGACCUGGAGGGCGGCCUGCUCCUGCUUGGAGAGGAUGCUGAGGUCCAUCCCGGAGAGGGCGUGAAGCUGGCAGAGCUGCGAGGCUACCGCAGCCGCAUGCUCAAGGUCGUCCAGGAGGGCUACGAGAAGGAGGACGAGGCCAUCAUGGACUUCUUCCACGGGGCCAUGAAGCACUACUUCUGCAGCGUCAAGGAACCCGACAGCCUCAGCACUCCUGAGAUGGCCGAGCUGUGCAAGCUGUACAUCCAAGAGGAGGUGGACCUCAUAAUGGUGGUGGGAGGCGACAGUGCGGUCAAAUUCGCGGCGCUACUGCUGCAGGAGCGGGCCAAGCCGGUUCUCUGCAUCAGCAAGGACAACGAGUCCAUGCUGGGGUCCAUCCAGCUGUCCAAUUGGAAGUGCGAGCUGCCCACAGUGCUGACCCAUAUCAGGGACAACCGGUACUACAGCGAGCGGCUGAUGCGGUUGCACGUGCUGAGCGAGGUGGUGGUGCGCCGCAAGACCCACUUCUGCAUCAAGGCGGCCGUCUUCAUCAACGGCGAGCACUUCACCGACACAGUCACCGACGGCAUCAUCGUCGCCACUCCACUGGGAUCCACGGGGUACGCCAUGAACUGCGGGGGGCCUAUUGUCAAUUACCGCUCAACAAACAUCGUCCUGGUGGCGGUCAACCCUCUCACCCUCAGCUUCCGCCCCCUCGUCAUGAGCCACGACAUCGAGGUCGAAAUCUGCAUCAGCAAGGACUCUCGCAGCGAGGCCGAGGUGCACUUCGACGGCAAGUGCCACGACCGGCUGCGGCAGGGCGAGUCCAUACGAAUCCGGCAGGGCCACGACUUCGAGAUGGUGCGGCUGGGCGAGGACAGCCGCAGCCAGCACAAGAUCAAGGCCAUCUACUCCUGGAAUGCUGGUUACGCCUUCACCUGA